AUGUCAUUCUUUGAUAAAUACAAUAGGCUAUUGAAAACACACCCUUUUAGGGUGAAUAUGGUGACAACUGGGCUCUUAUUUGGUGUAGGAGAUGGAGUAGCCCAGAAGUUAUUCCCCCUGAAUCACGAUCAUCUUGACGAAGAAAAACCGAAGUAUAAUGUAUACAGAACUAUGAGAGCUAUGAUAUAUGGUUCGUGUUUUUUUGCUCCCUGCGGUGUAUUGUGGUAUGGGAAAAGGCUACCACUAAUCAAAAAUCCAUUUGUUUCGGUUAAGAAUCGGGAAACAUGGAGCAAAAAUAGAGUACACUUAUAUGAUACGUUAUACAGGGUAGCAAUCGACCAAAUCUUCAUUCCUGGGUUGUUUUGGAUUCCGAUGUACAAUAUAGUGAUGUCGACUCUUAGUGGAUAUGAGAAUCCGUUGGAGGUGGCUUUCCAUAAAUUGCAACACAAUUGGUGGAACGUGUUGACAACAAACUGGAUGGUGUGGCCUGGGUUUCAGUUAAUAAGUUUUUUCUAUAUUCCAGUGCAUCUACGUAUAGUGGCUGCCAAUAUUUGUUCGGUGGGGUGGAAUUGCUUUUUGAGCUACCUUUAUAAUGGAAAAGCACAUGGUGAUCACCAAAAAGAAGAGAUUUUAGACCAUUUGGUAGAUCCUGAUGAAGAAAUAGAGGAAACCACAAUGGUGGUGUAUUAG